UCUUAAUAAGCUUUGAUUGGAGAGAUGGUUGAAGAUUGCUGAUUUCAAUCUAUAUAUAUUUGAAGUUUGUGGUUGGUUGUUGGCUGCCAUCUUGGACCUCGAUCGUUUGAGAAGCCGGCCGCCCGCAAAAAUCUUCGAGUUUCACGCGUUCGCGCGGCCUCACGUAUUCCUUAAGUAGGUUGCGUGGUUUUACGACGAAUUUAGAGAUCUAUUGCGGUCAAUUUAAUCAAGAUUCGGGUCCGGAAUGCAUUAGGUAUAUAUUUAUCCUCGCGCAUUUGUAACUGGGUGAGUGGAGGAAAUAAAUUAACUAGCUUUUGUAAUUUUUCAAUAGACAGUGAAAGAAUAGCACUCCACAAAACAAAUAGUAGUAGUGAUAUAUCAGAAAAAAUGGCACUACCUAGUAGAGCGCGAGUUUACACCGAUGUGAAUUCACACAAGUCUAGAGAUUAUUGGGACUAUGAAUCCUAUGUUGUUGAUUGGGGACAACAAGAUGAUUAUCAACUAGUGAGAAAAUUAGGCAGAGGAAAAUAUAGUGAAGUAUUUGAAGCUAUUAAUAUUACAAAUAAUGAAAAGUGUGUUGUAAAAAUUUUAAAGCCUGUAAAAAAGAAGAAAAUAAAAAGGGAGAUUAAAAUCUUAGAAAAUCUAAAAGGAGGGACCAACAUAAUUACACUCCAAGCUGUUGUUAAAGAUCCUGUAUCAAGGACACCGGCACUGAUAUUUGAACAUGUGAACAACACAGAUUUCAAGCAAUUAUACCAGACGCUAACAGACUACGACAUAAGAUACUACCUCUACGAAUUAUUAAAAGCAUUAGAUUAUUGCCAUAGUAUGGGAAUAAUGCAUAGGGACGUUAAACCGCACAACGUUAUGAUAGAUCAUGAAAAUCGAAAGUUACGGUUAAUCGAUUGGGGUCUAGCAGAAUUUUACCAUCCUGGUCAAGAAUAUAAUGUACGAGUAGCCUCGCGUUAUUUUAAAGGUCCAGAACUACUUGUAGAUUAUCAGAUGUAUGAUUAUUCAUUAGAUAUGUGGUCUCUUGGAUGUAUGCUUGCAAGUAUGAUAUUCAGGAAAGAACCGUUUUUUCAUGGACACGAUAAUUACGACCAAUUAGUGAGAAUUGCAAAAGUUCUUGGAACUGAAGAACUAUUUGAAUAUCUUGAAAAAUAUCAUAUUGAAUUGGAUCCUCGCUUCAAUGAUAUUUUAGGCCGACAUUCACGUAAACGCUGGGAACGUUUUAUGCAUUCAGAGAAUCAACAUUUGGUAUCGCACGAAAGUCUUGAUUUUCUUGAUAAACUUUUGCGUUAUGAUCAUUAUGAAAGACUCACCGCACGUGAAGCUAUGGAACAUCCCUAUUUUUAUCCAAUAGUAAAAGAUCAGGGUCGAUUGAACAUGGUAUCAUCGUCACCUACUCCCAUAACAGGUUCGUUGCCUGUAGGUGAGUAACGGCCCAGGUAUCGAUACUUCGCGCGAGGGGCUUAAUCCCAUCCCUAAGCGUGACUGUGAGCAGCGUACCGGUUCGUGGAAUAAACCGACUGAAAAAUAUGGUGGGACAAGUUGGAAAUGGGACUCAGAAAACGAUGAAGUAUUCAUCACAUCCAUUACAUCCUUAACAUACAAUUUUCAACUUUUGAUUAUUUAUGUACGAAAAGUUGAAUCUUCCAUUCCACCUAAAUUUGCAAAUUUAAGAAGAAGAAAAAUAUAUUAUGUGAUGGUGGACCACUCCUUACAUAAAUGGCAAUUAUAUUUUGACGUGGUGUAUAAAAUUCUACAUUUUAGACAUUCCUUGAUUUUCAUCGUGGGUAUUACUUAAAGGAAUUCAGGUUUGAUAUAUUGGAAAUAAACUCUAUGCGAUAAAAUUUUAAAUGGCAUAAGAAGUAUAAAUGAUACGUUUCAAAGUAUUUUUGUUACAUUGCAAAUCAUUUAGAAACAAAAGAAAGUUUACAACAUUAAAAUUAAGUCUAUGAAGUACGUGCUCUGUCCAUAUUGGCCGGUGUGCAUGUGCUGUUAAUAAUUGUAUGUUUCUUUUCUGUGUUUUUAUAAUCUGUCAUUUCUAUUGUGUUCCUUUGACGCUGCUACUAAUGUCACGAUCGCGGGAAAUCUGUAAAUGCAUAAAGACGCGAUUAGAUCAUGUUAUGUCACUUGGAAGAUCGUCCGUUAUUACAUGAGACAUUAUAAUGAAAAUGAUGCAAAACAAACCAUGUGUAUUUGCAUUCAUAAAGCGCGUACUACACACACAUACACAUAGCACAUAUGUGCUUACACUUAACAUGUACCUUAGGCCGCUCGGUUUAGUACUUUUAACGAUGAUAAAAAUGUUCGUUUAUAUCUGAUACAAUGAUAGUUGAAUAAAAUGUUUGUUAUAGCCAAGUA